UACCUUCCGCUGCAUGGUUAUAGGUUCAUUUCUAUCGUUUGUCUUCAAAACUCCCAUGUAUUGAAGACUUUCAUAAAAAUCUCCUAUUCACCCCCCUCUAGUCGAUAUAACGCACUUUCAAUUGGUAUCAGAGCGAGGUACUCCCUUGUUCUAUGUGAUUUUGGUUUAACCGCCUGGAGUUUUAGUUAUGUCGACCACAGUCACGAGUAUCCCAAGUGGAAGGCCAUGAUGAAGAAGCGCCUCAUGGCGACGAACAGCAAGCUGUGGACCGUCACUGAGAUUGGUCUGACCGAUCUGUGCAAGAUGGCGGAAGCUGAUGACAUUCGCAAGUACACUCUUCUCAACCUCACGGCGAAGGACGUCAUCUGCUCCUGUCUGUCUCAAAAUCAGUUUAGGAAUAUCAUGCAUCUCAAUCAUGCGAAGCUUAUCUGGGACCGUCUCUCUGAGAUCUAUGAAGGUCAUCGAACUCGUCAUGAUCCUUGGUUUGAGGACUUUAAAGAAUCUCUCAAAGCGAUGACAUUCGAACCAGAAUCAUCAUCUUCUACAUCAUGCCUUAUGGCAAAAGAUGCUAAGUCCUUAAUUGAAGACAUAAAAAAUCUUCAUGUUAAGUAUGAGGAACUUGAAAGUCGUCAUGAAACGCUCUCAACAACUCAUGAAAAGCUUUCCUAUGAUUAUCUUCAAAGGAAGCAAGAACUCGAGAAAUUGAGAGCGGCUCAUGAAGAUCUUCAAAAGGAAAACGAGUCACUUCGCGCUGAACAGAUCAGUCCCGCUCAGGAAGGAUUUGAACCACCAUGUCUUAAAUGCCUUGAGCGUGAUAACGCUACUUCUGUUGCUGAAUGUUCUACUGCUGCUACUAUUGCAAUAUCUUCAACUGUUGAUGUGGUAACUAACCCCUCUGCUGAGGAUACCACUGCUAUUGCUGAUGAGAAUGCUAGGUUGAAGACAUUGCUUGAAACAGGGAUGUACAAAAGUCUCAAAGGGCAUCAGACACUAUGUGAUGUCCUCAAAAGGCAGAUCCUGAACCGAAACCCUAGGAAAGAGGGUGUUGGGUUCGAAAGGAAAAUGAAUGCUGAUGGCUCUUACUGGAAACCUGAGCAGUACCCCAAAACCACAUGGGUUGCUGCAAAGGAACCUUCAGCGGAUCCAUCCACCCUAUCUGGCUUCACUUGUGCUAAUCCCAUUGUUAUUGAUGAAUCCUUUGAUGCAAACUAUAAACUGUUUAAGAAUCAGAAUGGUGAAGUGUUUGCCAGGUAUAUUGGUAGUAACUGCAGGAAUGGGCCGCCUAUGAAGAAAGUCUGGGUGCCGAAAAGGUGUUUGGAGAAUCUUCCUGUGAAUGUCGUCAUGACACCACAAGUGAAGAAGACAAACCCCAGACCACAGGCUUCAUAUGGUCCAAAGGCUUCAUACAGACAGAGGACUCACCUGAGUCGCACUAACGCAAAUGUUUUGCAGGGAAACCUUACUCAGGCCUAUGAAUAUGAGCGCGUUUCAUCAAACCGCCAUGUUCAUAAGACCAAAAACUAUUCUGCUUAUCCUUAUGAGUACUAUUGUCCACCUGCAAGACUUUUUGCUAGGGCUCCAAAGCCAAAGUUCUCAGAUGCUGCACUUAGACUCAUUGCUUCGAAGCCACCCUUGAAGAUGUGGGUGGCUAAGAAAGCUUAA